GUUUGUGUGUAUCAUUUUAACAUGAUAACCCUUCUGCGAAAAAUCUGUUCUUUUUUGAGUAGUUAAGUUUGUUUUACGUUGUUUCAAUUAUAAAUUUGUCAUCAAAAAUUAUCUUUGUUUUUGUUUUAAAACUAAAAUUGAUAUUAAAUUUAGAGUACUAAAUGUGAACAAAUUCAAGUAUGGAAGAAUGGCAACAGACUUGCUUGGAUAAUUACUUAAUUGAAAUAUCUAAAUACUUAGAAGUUGAAGAUACUCUUAUGAGGCUAACUGUACAUAAUAUAUUUGAUGUAAAUGACACACAACUUGUUCAAAAUGGUUUAAUAAACAAAACGGAUGCAGAAAAGAGGCAGAAAAUUAUCGAAAUAUUGAAAAGACGUGGUUCUGAUGCAUACUGGGAGUUUUGCCAUAUUAUUCGUCAAAAAACACCGCAACUCUUUUCAAUGUUGCAUGAUGUCAAGGGAUAUGACACAGCCACAACUUGUACAAAAUGUAUAAAUGGUGAAGAUGCAUUCUUUGAAUGUUCCUACUGCAAAGGUUUAGUAAAUUUCCUUUCAAAUCCAAGAAACGGUGUUUUUAUAGACAAGCCAGAGGACAUCAUAGAACUUUUUAAGGCAACGAAAGAAAAAAUGGAAGCAAAGGACAGUGAGUGUAAAUAUUUGACCACAGAAAUAAGUAAGUUGACACAGGAGCGCCAUGAAUUGUUAGUUCGGCAUGUAAAUGAUCUUGAUCGUUUAAAUAUAAAAGAAAAAGAACUCAAAAACAAAGACAAGGAAUAUGAGACUCUGCUGGUAGAAAAAGAUAACAUGGUGAUUCAGAAAGAAGAACUUCAAAUUAAAAUCGAACAGCUUCAAAAUAUAAUUACAACACUUGAAAAAGAUAUCAAUGAAAACCAAAUUAAACUGAGUGAACAUCAAAAUUACCCUAUUUAUGAAAACCAACAGACAAUUGAAGAAAAUGCAAUCAAAGAGCUUAAGAGCAAGCUAUUGCAAGCAAACCACAAAAAUGAAGUUUUAAAUGAAGAUCUUGUUGUAUCGAAGAAAGAAACUUCUAGAUUGAAAAUAAAAUUUGAAGCACUGGAAAGUGCAUCUAAUAGACAGAAAAGAGAAAAUGACAGAGUUUUUGAAGAUCUAACAAAUAACUUGGAUGAUGCACAAAAACAAUAUAGUGCUGCUUCAAUGGAGAAUGAUGUGUUGAAAGAACAGAUUAAAAUAUCAAAAAUUAAAAAAGAAGAGGCCAUGAAGGAACGAGACCAUCUCUUGGAAAAGGUGUACGAGAAAGACAAACUGAGCAAAAAUGCAACUAUGAGCUUAUGUACAGCCGAACAGAAUUUAAAACACUUACAGAAAUUAUCUAGUAACCAGAUCGAGAGAGUAAAGCGAAUGCAAAGCGAAAAAGAGGAGCUUAUGAAUCAGUAUAAAACUGUUAUAGAAAACCGUAAUGAACUUCAAAGAAGGAAUGAAAAAUUACUUCAAGAAAUCGACAAUUUUGCCAUGAAGCUGAUGAACUCAGAUCACAGUAAACUUUUAAAAGAGCUGCAAAGUCAAGUUAACGAGUGCAUGAUGCUGCGGGAUGAGGUUGAAUUAUGGAAGAAAAAAUUCCACAUGUUGCCAUCGAAUCACCUUGGUGACACUGAAGUUGUUCUGCAAAAGAACGGAGGGACGUUUGGCGUAAGAUUUGGACACAGCAAAGGUCCAGCAUUUCUUGGUGAAUCUAGUAUAGUAAUUGCAGGGAUUAAAUUGAACCACCAAACAGCAUCAUUGUCUGAAGUAAGGGAUGGUGAUUUUGUAAUUGCCAUCAAUGAUGUCAAUGUACAAGAAAGUAAUCUGGAAACAGUUCGAAGAGUUUGUGAUGAAAAUACUGAAAGCAUGAAACUUUUACUUCGAAAGAGAAUUAAAAAAACAUACCAAGACAUGACUAUUACGUUCGCACCAUCAGAAUUUGAGAGUUUAGAGGAUAUUGGAUUGAAAGUGGGAGUGUUUUGCCAAUGUGAAGGGAGAUAUUCUAAUGGGAUACAAAAUCUAGACAAAAUUUUAAAGAUAAAUGGUGAGGACGCAGAUUCUUUACCCGUCGUUAAAGUAAAAUCAAUAUUAACAAGAAUGCUGCAGCAGAAACAGAAAGGAAAUAUUUUGGUACGAAGGUAUCAAUGGAAACAAAGCGAGGGAAGGAUUCGUUCAGAAAACCAAUUAAGUAGUGUUUAUGAUCAUACUUCUAAGCAACAGGCUACUGCAAGACCUAGAUCAGUAAGUCACCAAAUUAUCAAUCGCCCACACGAGAAUUAUUCUUUACAGCAUCGGCGGACGUCAGUCCCAAUCAACCUGGAAGAUGAGCCUUUGCAACAACCUACGAACAGUCCAUACGUUUUAGAAACAGAAUUGAUAAAAUGCAAAGAAGAAAAUUUGUCGUCUGUAAAUUCACAAUUUCCUGAUCUAGUAUCACAAAGGAAUUCUCGGUCUCGUAAAAUUAGUCGACUGACAAAUCUCGACUACUCUUAUGACAAGGGUGAUUAUUCUUAUGUGGAGAGUUAUCAGUUUGACUCAAGUGGAGGUAUCGUUGGAAGUAAUGCGUGCCAGGACAUCGUGGAAAUUACAUUGGAGAAGAAAGAAUAUGAAAGUUUUGGUUUUCAAAUGAUCGGUGGAAAUAAAACAGGCAUUUUUGUUUCUGCUGUUGAUGCUUGGAGACCUGCUGAAGUAUGUGGAAUGGAAAAAGGAUGGAAAAUUUUAAAAAUUAAUAAAGUGGAUUUAAAAGGCGUGGCCUUCUGUUUUGCUGUGGAAGUUUUAAAAAAGUUUAGUACAGAUGAAAGAAUAACAUUUGUUUUGGAAAAAACUUUAAUAACUCAAUUCGAAGACGUAAUCAAAAGAAAACCAUAUGACUCUUUUCAUGUAAAAGCUCUUGUUCCAUAUACAGCACGUUGUGCAGGAGAAAUGUCCUUUCUUUCGGGAGAUAUCCUCUGUGUAACCAACUCACACGUUAUUGUGGAACCUGGUCAACCGUAUAAAUGGAAUGCCAUCAAAGAAAAAAAGGGCGAAACGUGUGCAAUUUCAGGACUAAUCCCGCGACAAAUAAGUUCAAGAUCUCCUACUGCUAUUGAAGAACAUUUAUAUACAGAAAUUUGUGAAGAUUUGGAUUUGCAAACAUCUGCUGGAGAUCAGCCAGAAAAUGGAUUUCAGUUUUAUUACGAGUUGACGCAAUCAGUGGGACAAUUUUUGGUAUAAUAGAAUAUCAGUAUAUUAAUUAAAGACUAAAUUAUUUGAAACUGCUUUUGUUAGUUCACGCAAAUUUAACAUUAAUUAAGGCAAGCCUAAUGAAUUUUUUAAUUUUAAUUUUCAAUAGGUUUUUCAAAUCUCUUUUUGUGUACGACGUAUAUUUAUUAUGUUUUGCACCUGUAAAAGUUGUUUUUAUAAAAAGCCUAGAACUAUACGCCCGAAAACAGUUAUGCGCUUUUUUAUAAGAACAAGUAAAAUCUGACCCGAGACUUGCUGGCUGUUCUAAUUUUUAUGUGUUUAUAAAAAUUUUGUUGCUAUUGUGUUUAUAAAUAAUUAAACUUUUUUUAAAAAACACAAGUUAAAGAAACAAGAGGCUCAAAAUGACAAAAACUUUAAAAGAAUUGAAAAUAUUGCCGCCUUGAUGGUUGCCAACAAAACAAGAAAGAUUUUCAUUUUUUUAAAAACUGUGAUAUAUUAUCAAAGAAGAGAACGCCGUGAAAAUAAAAGCAAUUGUAACUUAUUUAAAGAUUUAAACAGUAUAAGUCUUGUAAAAUAUAAAAACAUAAAAUAGUAACAAAUUGAACUCUUCUUGUCCUUAACUCAAUACGUUAGAAAUGGAGCUAGGCUCAAUAUGAUUAAAAACUUUUUAGGCUCAAAUGGAUGAUUUUCUAACAAGUAUUAAGGCUCCCUUGGAAAACGUUUUUUUUAAAAAAAACAUGCUAAAGCAAGGAGCCACAAGCGAUCGUUUGCUUAAGAGACUGUUGAAGUGAAUUUAUGUCAUGGAACUUUUCUUUUAACAAAUUUAAAUUCAAGAUUGGAAAACAAUAAUAGCUUGAGCCUAAAGUUGUUUUCACUUUGUGUUCUUAUAAAAUUGUUCUUAUAAAAAACCGCGUGAUUUGUUUUGAUUCAAGACACGCAGAAUUACUCCGAAAGAUCUAUUUCCCGACCUAAGUCACUGGCCAGGUUUCUCAUAAAAAAUCAUUAAGGCUUUGCUGAAGUCACGUGACACUUUGAAAGGUUGUCUUUUUCCAACUCUAUGUAUUUACAACAUUGGUUAAAAUAAAGUCAGUUUUUAUAUAGGUAAUUUUUUUUUAUCUGGAAUUUACUAUUUUCAAAACUGAAAAGUAUGUAAACAUAUAAGUAUAAAUGAUAGUAUCACAUUUUUAAA